AUGGUGGAUUUUCUCAAAACGCCGUCGUUUGAAUGGAAGGCGGGCCAGCUUGUAGUAGCAACCCUCUUGGUGAUGAUGGCUUCUUUCUACACAGGCACUCUCUUCAGCAGCAAUUCAUCUUUCCUCUACGCUCCACACAAACAGCACAGCGUACAACAAACACAAGCGCCCAGUGCCAAUGAUUCCGCAUCAGCCUCUGGUUUGUUUAGAAAUAAAGUUGUUCUUACAUAUAGAACAUCACCACUUAGGAUCCCAGAAACAGGGAUGAACAUAUGCCCCUUAAAAUACAACGAAUAUAUUCCUUGCCACGACAUUUCCUACAUCAAAGAAUUACUGCCGAAAUUAGACCUUUCGAGAAAAGAGGAGCUUGAGAGGCAUUGUCCUCCCUUUGUUGGGCGACUGUUUUGUUUAGUUCCACCACCAAAUGACUAUAAGAUACCGAUAAGGUGGCCCACCAGUAGGGACUAUGUUUGGCGGAGUAAUGUGAACCAUACGCAUCUUGCAGAGGUUAAAGGAGGACAAAAUUGGGUGCAUGAGAAGGAUAAGCUAUGGUGGUUUCCUGGUGGAGGUACUCAUUUCAAGCAUGGAGCUCCUGAGUAUAUUGAAAGGUUAGGGAAUAUGACAACUAAUUCGACCGGCGAUCUUCGUGAUGCGGGCAUAUUUCAAGUUCUAGACGUUGGUUGUGGAGUAGCUAGUUUUUCUGCUUAUCUUCUUCCCUUAAAUAUACAAACUAUGUCCUUUGCUCCAAAAGAUGGCCACGAAAAUCAAAUUCAGUUCGCUUUAGAGAGAGGAAUUGGGGCCAUGAUCUCGGCUUUAUCCACUAAACAGCUGCCAUACCCUGGAAACUCUUUUGAGAUGGUGCAUUGUUCAAGAUGCCGUGUUGAUUGGCACGAGAAUGAUGGUAUCCUAAUAAAAGAAGUGGAUCGUUUAUUGCGGCCAGACGGAUAUUUUGUCUACUCAGCUCCUCCUGCCUACAGAAAAGACAAAGAUUUCCCACUAAUUUGGGAUAAGUUGGUGAAUUUGACUUCUGCUAUGUGCUGGAAACUUAUUGCCCGUCAAGUGCAGACAGCAAUCUGGAUUAAGCUCGAUGACAAUUCAUGUCUCCAGCAAAAGGCUCAGCAUAAGCUCAUUAGUAUAUGUGAUUCUACUCAUGAAGAUGAACCUUCAUUUCAGAAGCCAUUGAGGACAUGUAUUUCAGAACGUGUUUCGAAAAAACUCCCUCCAAAACCACAGCGUCUUUCUGAAUACUCGUCGACCCUCAUUAAGCUAGGUAUUGGUCGAGAGAGAUUUUUAUCCGAUACAAUAUACUGGCAAGAUCAGGUUCGUCACUACUGGAGAUUGAUGGGAGUUGAUGAGAAGGAAAUACGGAAUGUGAUGGAUAUGAAUGCAUUUCUUGGUGGAUUUUCUGUUGCCUUAAGCACUUGGCCUGUGUGGGUAAUGAAUGUAGUUCCCAUUAGCACGAAAAAUACUUUACCUGCCAUUUUGGACCGGGGGCUAAUCGGUGUUUCUCAUGACUGGUGUGAGCCAUUUUCGACAUAUCCGCGCACGUAUGAUUUGUUGCAUGCCAACCGUCUUUUCUCGAACUACAAAAACCGUGAAGAAGGUUGUUUGUAUGAGGAUAUCAUGUUAGAGAUGGAUCGCAUGUUGCGACCUCAGGGGUACAUAAUUAUUAGAGGUGAAGACGAUACUGUAAUUUCAAGAAUUAAAGAUCUUGCUCCCAAGUUUCUGUGGGACACUCAGCUGCAGUUUCUGGAAGAUGAUCAGAAAAGAAUGGAAUCAGUCUUAUUUUGUAGAAAGAAGUUCUGGGCUAUUCUCUAA